AUGCCGUCGCUGGUGGAGCUACAACAAGGCGAGGGUUUAGGAUCCGAAUCCAACCCUCAUUAUGUUCAACGUCAGAAGAUCGUGAUCGUGGGGCUGGGAAUGGUAGCAAUUUCUCUAAUCGAGAAAAUUAUCAAACAAGACACAGCCCGACGUUUCGAUAUCCUAGUAAUCGGUGAGGAGCCACAUGUCGCUUAUAAUCGUGUUGGACUCUCGUCGUACUUUGAGCAUCGCAAAAUCGAGGAUCUCUACCUUGAACCGAAGGAGUGGUAUGGGUCAUUCAAAGAGCGAGGAUUUGACCACCACCUGAACACCCGCGUCACCAACGUCGACCCAGUCAACAAAACGGUUAGCACAUGCACCGGAGAUAUCAUUUCCUACGAUCUUCUCGUUCUCGCUACCGGCUCAGAUGCGGUUCUUCCUACGCGCACACCUGGCUACGAUGCCAAGGGAAUCUUUGUUUAUCGAACAAUCAACGACUUAGAACGACUCAUCGAUUUCGCAGCCGAUCACAAAGGGGAAACCGCAGUCACCGUUGGUGGAGGUCUGCUUGGGCUUGAGGCUGCCAAGGCGAUGACCGAUUUGGAAGAUUUCGGCAAUGUCAAGCUCAUCGAUCGCAAUGAGUGGGUUUUGGCACGACAACUUGAUGGAGAUGCGGGAUCUUUGGUUACUCGGAAGAUUCGCGAUUUGGGCCUCGAUGUUCUGCAUCAGAAACGGGUUGCCGCUGUGACGACGGACGAUGACAAUAACGUCACUGGUGUCACAUUUGAAGAUGGGCAGCACAUUGAAUGUUGCUGUAUUUGCUUUGCAAUUGGCGUGAGACCGAGAGACGAGCUAGGGGAAUCGGCUGGUAUUCUAUCCGGUGCGAGGGGUGGCUUUAUAAUUGAUGAAAGCCUUCGGACAUCUGUGCCAGACAUAUACGCUGUUGGUGAAUGUGCCAGUUGGGAAAACCAAACAUUCGGAAUCAUCGCACCGGGCAUUGAAAUGGCUGACGUGCUGGCCUACAAUCUCACGCAUCCCGGCGAUGAUCCCAAGCGCUUCACGCGACCGGAUCUUAGCACCAAGUUAAAGCUUCUUGGUGUCGACGUCGCUUCAUUCGGCGACUUCUUUGCCGAUAGGGAUGGUCCCAAGUUCCUUCCGGGCAAGCGUCCAUCAAUCGCAGGCCUGGAAAUAGACAAAACAGAGUCUCCUGUAAAGGCCUUGACAUAUAGAGAUCCGUUUGGUGGAGUUUAUAAAAAGUAUAUCUUCACCAUGGAUGGAAAGUUUCUGCUUGGAGGAAUGAUGAUCGGUGAUACAUCGGACUACAUCAAGUUGAACCAAAUGGUUAAAGCCCAAAAGGCACUUGAGGUUCCACCGAGUCAAUUGAUCCUUGGGGCACAAAAUGGCGGAGAUGAUAAUGGAGAUGAUCUUGACGAUACUACUCAGAUAUGCGCUUGCCACAAUGUGACCAAGGGAGAUGUUGUUGAUAAUGUCAAAAGUGGAACUUGCAAAACAAUAGGAGAAGUCAAGUCUUGCACCAAGGCGGGCACUGGCUGUGGCGGUUGCAUGCCCCUAGUUCAGUCCAUCUUCAAUAAGACCAUGUUGGAGAUGGGCCAGGAGGUCUCAAAUCACUUGUGCGGCCACAUUCCAUAUUCGCGUGCAGAUCUAUACAAUAUCGUCGCAAUAAAGCAAUUGAAGACCUUCACCGAAGUGAUGCAAGUCGCUGGAAAUAAGCCCGAUUCCCUCGGGUGUGAACUGUGCAAGCCUGCAAUUGGAUCAAUUUUGUCAAGUCAAUUCAACCCCAACAUCAUGGAUAAGGGAUACAAUGAUCUCCAAGAUACGAACGACAAGUUCCUCGCCAACAUCCAAAGGAACGGGACAUUCUCUGUCGUGCCUCGGGUACCAGGUGGGGAGAUCACGGCUGAUAAGCUCAUAGCGAUUGGUUCAGUCGCGAAGAAAUAUGGACUAUACUGCAAGAUUACUGGCGCACAGCGAAUUGACAUGUUCGGUGCAAAGAAGCAGGAUCUUUUGAACAUUUGGACAGAGCUUGUGGACGCAGGCAUGGAGAGCGGACAUGCGUAUGCCAAGGCUCUGCGCGCAAUCAAAAGCUGUGUGGGCUCUACGUGGUGCCGCUUUGGUAUCGGUGACAGUGUGGGUAUGGCUAUUCGCCUCGAAGAGCGAUACAAGAGUAUCCGAGCGCCACAUAAAUUCAAAGGUGGAGUUUCUGGUUGCGUGCGAGAGUGUGCGGAGGCACAAAAUAAAGAUUUUGGUCUUAUUGCCACAGAAAAGGGCUUCAAUAUCUUUGUUGGAGGCAACGGCGGUGCCAAACCGCGACACUCGGAGCUUCUAGUGACAGAUGUCCCGCUAGAAAUGGUGAUACCCAUCAUCGAUCGAUACGUUAUCUUCUACAUCCGAACGGCAGACAAACUUCAACGAACAGCUCGAUGGAUUGAGAAUCUCCCUGGCGGCCUCGGUUACCUGAAAGAAGUCAUCAUUGAAGACAAGUUAGGAAUCUGUGCCGAUAUGGAGAGGCAAAUGCAGGAGCUUGUUGAUAGCUACUUCUGUGAAUGGACAGAAACAAUCAAGAACCCCAAGCGUCGCAAGGUUUUCCAACAAUUUGCCAACACGGAGGAGAUUGUUGAUACAGUGGAAGUCAUACAAGAACGUGCGCAGCAACGUCCCACCUACUGGGCCAAGGAAUCCGCUCAAGAAGAUUUCAAGGGCCACCAAUGGUCCAGCCUCUCCUGGCAGCCUGUCGUCCAAGCAGACCAUUUCUCUGACGAGCCGCCGCAAGUUUCUUCCGCUAACGUCAAACGUGGUGACACGCAACUAGCAGUUUUCAAAAUCAAAGGAAAGCUCUACGCUACCCAGCAAAUGUGUCCGCACAAGCGUGCGUUUGUCCUGUCAGAUGGUCUGAUCGGCGAUGAUGAUGCAGGGAAAUACUGGGUCUCAUGUCCCUAUCACAAGCGCAACUUUGAGCUCAAUGGAGACCAAGCUGGACGAUGCACAAAUGACGAGAGUAUGAAUAUUGCCACGUUCCCCGUCGAGGAGCGAGAUGAUGGCUGGAUUUACAUUAAGUUGCCACCUGUUGAGGAACUGGAUGCUAUUCUCGGCACGGAGAAAUGGAAAGUGAAGAAAGAGGAAUCCGUUGACCCGUUCCAAAGAAUGGAUAAGAGAUACAAGGGUAUGAAAGGCAAGAAGGUGGCUAAUGGCGAUGCAUUAAAUCACUCUGCGGCCCAGCCUGCAAAUGGGAUUGAUUGGUAA